AGCGCUUUGCGCUGUUUACAGCGCAGGCGCGUUACUUCCUCCUAGAGCUCUCUUCAGUGUGUUUGCGUUGUGUCUGAACUGCCGGCGAGUUUAACAAAAUAUUUUACCAAUAGCAGCUAUGUCGGGCAGGUCGGUCCGCGCCGAGACACGGAGUAGGGCGAAAGAUGACAUCAAGCGGGUUAUGGCUGCUGUUGAGAAAGUACGAAAUUGGGAGAAGAAAUGGGUAACUGUCGGCGACACAUCCUUGCGAAUCUACAAGUGGGUGCCUGUGACCGAACCCAAGUCAAAUGAUAAGAGCAAAAACAAGAAGAAAGCCAACAACAACAAGUAUGGGUCGGAGAUCACAACACCAGAAAACAGCUCCUCUCCCGGAAUGAUGGAUAUGCAUGAUGAUAACAGUAACCAGAGCUCCAUUGCUGACUGCUCUCCCAUGAAGCAGGAGAACAGCAACAGUGCCAGCCCUGCCCAAGAGGCCAUGGCAACUUCCCAGAGUGACAGCAUUGAGGCCAAGAGUGACCAGAGUCAGUCCCCUGGCAAAGAGCAGCUGAAGAGCACAGACAGCAAGAGUGGAAAUGUUCACCCCUCAGCAUUUUUAAACACAAGCACACCUAAGAGAGACCGAAGGUCCACGGGAAGGAAUGAACCAUCAUCGGACAAUCAUCAAGAUUCUCAGGAAUCUGAAGAUGGCACUCCUCCCAAUAAGAAGGGGAAGUUGGAAACUCCCUCAGAUUUCCUCAAAACCAGCUAACUUAUCUUUUACCAUCACCAAUUCCUUGAUCUGUUGCCAUGUCCUCAGCCCUCCUGUGUCUUAAUUUCUUUAUUCUUCUGAAUUGGUCCAAGUGACAUCCAGCACCCACCUCUACCCCAAAAAAAGACUUUAAAACUUAAACUAAACCAGGAUCAGCUGGAUGGGGCAGUAUCGACCUAAACUGCAGCUAAAUCUCAUUUUGCCACACAUCCUCUAUUUUUGUUCUUAAGUUUAUGUACAUAUAUUUAGUUUUUGUUCAUGCGGGUCAACACACUGUUUGAAUCCUCUUAAGAUCUGUUGGUUCUGCUGCUGUUCUGUUUAUUACUUUGACAGUAAAAACAUUUAGUUAAUUUAACUAAAGACAAUACCUACAUAUUUAGUGCCAUUCAGUCAGUCGCAUAUCUAUUUCCUUUUCUCCUCUUAUGGAAACUCACUUGUAGCAUAGUCCUGCUACCAGAUUAGUUGUGUACCUUGAAUUACCAGAAUAAUGAAAAACAUGUUGAUUUGUUUAAAUUGUAUGUAUACUUCAAUCUGGUACAACAAGUGCCCAGUUUUCGUUAACCUGUAAAGCAUUUUUCAGUGCAUAUGUAGGCUGUUUGGUUUUAGAUGGCUCUUUGAAUACCUCACUGGAGUCCAGCAGUGCUGGCAACACUAUGUAUAGAUUAUUAAACUAAGUAUAACCUUUUAUUUGCAAAAUGUAAGUAGCCUAAAUAGUUGUUUCCUCAUUAGUCUUUGCACAGCUAAAAAUGCCAUUUUAAAUUAUGGCCUGGCUACAGAAAGUCAAAUGUU